AUGACUAUCAACCCGACCUAUCUUGCGCAGCGCACGCGCGCCUCUCGCAGCUUGGGCGACGCAAAGUCCCGAGUCCUCAGUUCCUACCGCGAAUGGCUUCGUGCGUCUCCCGAGAUCCAGACCAUGUACUCCCUGGGCAUGCCCGUCUCCGCCAUCCGCACGAAGAUUCGCCAGGAGUUUGAGAAGCACCGCUACGUGAGUCAGCUGAACGUGGUAGACGUUCUGCUCUUCCAGAGCCACGCCGAGUUCCAGGAAACCCUCAACUACUGGAAGCAGCUUUCCCACGUCAUGAAGUACUUCCGACCAGAAGAAGACCCCGGUGCGCGGUUACCCCGCAACUUCGUCUCUGGCUUCCUGGAGGGCCGCAAUUAG